AUGACCAAAACCAGCAAAGCGAGGCCACGGUAUGAAGAAGACCUUGCCCGGCGGCCCAUGCGGGCUAAAAGACAACACCGCACGGAGCAAGCCCAAGACGACUUGUCGGCCCCGUGCGACGGGUGCUGGCAAGGCACGCGAAGAAGAAGAACGCAGCCGCGGCGGCAGCACCGCGGCAGCGGACGGCGACGGCGGCAGCUGCAGCUGCAAGGGGGGCUAUUAUUCGCCGAUCUUGUGCAGGAGGGGGGCGAUCUGGCGCGGUCGGAGGUCGGCCUGCCGAGCGAUCGGUGGCGCGACGGGGAGGGUUCUCUUUCUCUUCUGGCGGGCAGAAACGGGAGGAAGAAGAAGAGGGUCAGGUGGGGCGAGGGGCUGCGCUGGGAGGAGGGGGAGAGGGAUGCCGGGUUUUCGCUGAGGUCGAUUGUGCGCUGGGAGCCGGCUUAUGUGGUCAAGGUCGUUGAUGAGUCGCGGGGAAAAGGGGGGAGGAGCAGGAGGGGGACUGAGCGGGUGGAAGUGAGGAUGGAGGUCCGGACGCCGCAGCAGGCCGAGGAGGCGGCGGCUGAGUCGUCGGCCGCUCUGGCGGAGGCCGCGUCUGAGUCGGACAGUGGCGAUGAAUACGAUGUGCUGGUGGACUUCUCGGGCAACGAAGCGGACGGUUGGGUUCCGGUUAUGGUGGCGGAGGAGGACGAGGGAGAAGACUGGAUGUCGCUGACUGGCUCCUGGGUGUUGAUGCGAGGGCGAGGUGAGGCGAAGAAGAAUGCGGAUUAA